GGUGCCACGCCUUCCCUCGAGUGUACCGAUUCCUCAACAGCCCCGACCUGCGCUUGCGCUUGUUCAAAUGGCGUCACCUUCAACCAGAAACUCUCCCUGAAUUCUUUGACCACUCCAACUACGCCUUCCGAUGAUACCUGUCAGAAAGACAAGGUCGGGUGUCUUCAGCGCGAGCAACAACUAACGAUGCAACUC